AUGGUUUUUUGCAAGAGAAAGGACAGGGAAAGGAGGAUGAGCCUAUGCAAUUUUGCAGAAGGUUUCCAGCCAAAUGAAGCGAUUUGCACGAUCAGUUGCCAAACACACAACCCUAGAGAUACGGAGGCUCCCAGCGGUACGCACGGCUCCCCGGGGAAGCGCCGGUCACCUGCCCGCACCCCCUGCGCGCUCCCCCGCCGCGGGACAAGCCGGCCCCGGGACAAGCCGGCUCCGGCCGGAGCUCCUCCGGCAGCGCGGCCCCCGCUCGGGGAGGGCAGGGCAGGACCGCGGGGGCGGGAGCUCGCUCCAAGCCCGCUCCCGCCGCCGGCCGAGCCCGCCGCGCUCCCCCCGCGCAGCCCGGCGAACUCCCGCCGCUGCCCCGCCGCGGUGCUUCCCCCUUUUCCCCGGCUUUCGCAGCGCUGGGAAAGCGGGGGGACGCGCUCCGGGAGCGCGGUCUCUCCAUCCGCGCCCCCGCCGCAGCGACGUCCCGCGGGGGGCGCGGGCGGUGCCGAAGGUGCAGCCGGCACCGAGGGAACAAAGGCGGCGGCGGCAGCGGGGAACAAAGAGCGGCAGGACCCAUUCACCUCUGGUAAUGGGCCAUUGAGUGUCACUGCACAACUGAUAAAAUUACAUCAUCCCAUUGGGAGAUGCUCCGCCCAGGGGGGGGGAGCCAACCAUUCCUACCUGGAUAAAAAUUUGAGAUUUGGAAUACCAGAAGAGCUUGCUUCCACUGCAUUCCCAGAAGAAGAUCGGGCCCAUCUACACCACCACUGGAGCUUCAGAUGAAAACUUCACCCUUCUACAGGAUCAGUGCUUCAACAGAACCACAGCUGUCACUGCAGGAGGGCUGCAGCCACCAUUUAAUGAGGCUGCUGCCACCACCCUAAGCCACA